AUGGGUGAUUGUCUUUUCUCUGUUCUUAUUGAUGAGUGCCGUGAUAUAUCGGUGAAAGAACAAAUGGCCGUGGUAAUCAGGUAUUUGAGCAAACAAGGAGAGACUAUUGAACGCUUUUCAGCUAUUAAGCAUGUUCCAGACACAACAUCUGCUUCUUUAAAGAAGUUGGUAGUUGUUGCUGUUUCGAGAUGCUGCAAGGGUGUUGAGGAUUUUUUUGAAUAUGUGACCAUGAUUGCUAAUCUGAGUACUUCAUCUUGCAAGAUGAAGGAUAAAUUGCUUGACAAGCAAAAAGAGGUUCUUUUGGAUAAGAUUAAGGGUGUCAUAGAGGUUUUGGGCAUUGUUGAGGAUGAUGUGCGUGUUCCAUGUAGGGCAAGAGGUUUGGUUCAUCAAAUGGAGACAUUUAGCUUUGUGUUCAUCUUGAAGAUGAUGCUAAAAAUCCUUCGCAUGACAAAUGAUUUGUCUCUUCUAUUGCAAAAGAAGGAUCAAAAUGUUGUUCAUGCAAUGUCAUUGGUUAUGGAUGUGAGAACACGUUUGAUCAACUGGAGAAAUGAUGGUUGGGAGCCACUCUUGGAAGAUGUCAAAGCCCUUUGCACCAAAAAUGACAUUCCAAUACCAAAUAUGGAUGACAUCUUUACAAAGUGGGGAAAAUCAAGAAAAGGUGGACGAAACAAUGUCACGGCUGAUCAUUUUUUCCGCGUGGACACCUUCUAUGCUGCCAUAGACUCCAUCACCACAGAGUUUGAUCAUCGUUUUAAUGAGGUAUCUUCAGAGCUGCUCCAGGACUUCUCUUGUCUUGACCCAAGACACUCCUUUUCUAGGUUCAAUGUGAAUAAGCUUGCUAGACUCACAGAGAUUUAUCAUGAGGAUUUCUCAGAUUAUGAACGUGAACAUAUAGUUGAUAACCUAGAGCUAUUUAUUAUCCAUAUGAGAAGAAUUGAAGACUUUAGAGCUUGUCAUGAUAUUGCAAGUCUAGCUAAAAAGAUGGUUGAACUUGAAAGGCAUGUCAUGUUUCCUGCUGUUUAUCGCCUCAUUGAGUUGGCAUUGCUACUACCGGUAGCGACGGCAACAGUUGAAAGAGCCUUCUCAUCAAUGAAAAUCAUCAAGACUGAGUUGCGCAGCAAGAUGGCUGAUGGUUGGCUUAAUGACUUGAUGGUGUGUUACAUUGAGCGAGAGAUCUUCAAAAGUAUUGAUCUCGGUAAAAUUAAGGAAGAUUUUUAG